AUGCCUCCAAAGCUGCCUUUACGAAGGCCUCACUUGGACAAAAAAGAACUUCCGGAGAUUGCUGCAAAACCGUCUUGGAUGUCUAGGGCAGGGGUGUUUGCUUCUUUCUCUUUUUCUGAUGAUGAUGAAGAAGAAAAAGAAAAAGAUGAUGAUGAUGAUGAUCACGAUAUCAGUCCACCAGCUCCGAUGGUGGAGAGAUCCCCGACGCGAACAACCGCAAGAGAAGAAGAGGAAGCCCCAACUCCGGUUGUUCCUGGAUGGGCACAUGCAGGACCUCAAGUACCGACAAUGGAUAGCUAUGCGCCAGGACCAUCAGUUUCUGCUCCGGCUCUGUUCACUGGCUCAUCGAAUUUCUCGUCCAUGCCGCUUGGACCUGGUGCUGCGUCGGAGUCAUUCGAUCGAGUAUUUUGGAAUCAAGCGCUAGAGUACGAUCCGAUGCUCGCGUAUGAACAAGUCGACAUGCAGGCCAGCAACAUCGUGAAUGGGGCUGUGAAUGAGAUACAACAGCUUUCUAGCCUGCCUCCACUGAUCUCCACCUCAAGACCGCAUCAAGUGCCAGUGGAUGGUCUCAGGCCUGAACAAAUGAGGUUUUGGCAGAUCGCAACACAUGGAUACGGCAGUGCCUGUCCUCAGCCUUGUCCUACUCAUACAUUUCCCGAUAUAGGACAAAACAGUCCUUACGCUCGACUUUUGCUCGCCGAUCUCGAUCCAGUCAUCGGCUCUGCUCCUCCCGCGAUGUCACAACCCCAAGCAAGGACUUGGAAUACGGGAUCGAGCGGCAAUAUGUGGGAAGCUCCAGUGUCAUUUGCCCAACAAGCACCUACCUCCGCCGCGAUGCCCGUCAACAAUCAGGUCGUAAACUACUAUGGAUCGGACAUUGCAGGCCCCAGUAACAACCACUUGCCGGCGCCCACACCUCUAAUGCACAGACAAGAACUUCAACAGUCUCCUGUCGUCACCGGCUUUGAGCCGCCCGGCUCUCUCGCGUACGAACGCUCUCGCAAACGCCGUCUUGACGUUAUAUCAAUGUGA